AUUGAUUGGCUUUCAGGCGCGCGCGGCGCUGCUGCUACUGUUGUAAAGAGGAUUUUUCUGAUCUGCUAACCUGCUCCUCUUUAGUACGAGUAAAGAGGAUUAAGAAACUAUCGAUUCCUGGCUUGUGUCCUGACACUGUCUCGUUUGUAGUGUCCCAGCUUGAUUUUCUGUCAACCACAACUGAGUUUGUAUCCGAAAAUCCGAGCAGAACCGGUGCGGAGGAUGGGCACCAAAGGUGGCAUCGACUACAGCGCCUGGGAUCAUAUUUAUGUGUCAGACGAUGAAGACGUGACCUGUCCGUAUGUCGACACGCCGAGCUUAUUCAGAAUGAGACACCGGGUCAGCGGUCAAACAUGUUGUAGCCGUGAGGUUUGGAGUGUUUCCCGGUUAGUUUUUACUAGUAUUAGUGAACUAGCGUGAGAGCGACAACUACAGGAGUCAAUACAGAGAGGAUUGACCAAACAGGUGUUAUGCAGAAAUCUGUGACCCUGCUGAUUUACGACCCUACCAGCUAGCUUAAAAGAAGCAAGCAUUUAACGGUACUCCUUAAAACAGCAAUUUUAUUGGGCUUUCCAAAUAGAUAAUGAGGACAUAGCCUUCAUUAGAUUUUAGAAGAAACGAAUCUGAGCAUAUUUUAUUAAAUUUGGAGCUGAUACAGCAAGAGAAAGCCCAAAAAUACCAUAAAAACAUACGGAAAGUUCAACAGUUUUGUGUUAGACAGAAAAUUGAUCACUUGUAGCCUUAAUUUCUUGAAAUUAUGUUUCUAAAAUAACGUAUUUUGUAGAGAACAUGAUUUUCCACCUUCUCCAAGGAAAGACUAUUAUUUGCCAAGAUAAUAUUACUAGCUUAUUUUAGAUAAUUGAAGAUACGUGUAUUUAAAAUGUAAUUGAAAAAUCUAAAUGAGCUGUUUAUAGGGCUCAAAUGUUGAAAUGAUGAUUUCAAAGUUAUAAUAAAUUCAAGAUAUACCCGCUAGAUCUUCCCAGAGUUGUCCUGCAUCUCUUGAGCAUGUAGAAGAAAGCUCUAGAAAGUGUUCGAGGGAUGCAGAUUAUCAUUCAGUGUAAGCAAGGUUACAUUACAAAUGUUGGUCUAACAGCACUUGUGAAUUAGUCAACACCUGGGACACAACAGCCAAAUCCUAGGGUUUAUUUUCUGUUUGUCAUAUAUUUUUAUUUAAGAAUAAAUAUCUACAAUAAGUCAAAAUCAGCCUGUCUGCAGAAACAAGCUUUCACACGGGACCUUAAACAUUCCCCUAAAUCAGCGAUAGCAGUAAAUUACAACCCUUUACAAUGUGAAUCCAUGAACUGUAAAAUAGUGUUGUGUUUCUGUGGUUGAUGACAGAUAAUGAGUGUUAACUAAAUCACUUUUGGAGGGCUGGAGGGACUAAAACAUCACCAAAAAAGGAGAAAAAAAAUCUGAGUCAUGGGUCACAAAUCAGUUUUGUUUCCAUCAGCUUUGGUCAAUUUCUAUUUGUAUUGCUGUUGCUUAGCUGUUGUCACAUGACUCGUGAAGAGGAUGUUGUAAUUUGUAGAAGUCCCCUGUUUUACCCCAUCAGUUAAGUCUCAUGUCUGAGAUGAAUAAAGGUCACUGAACUGGUGAAAAGGUCAAAUGCAUUUUCAAAAUAGGCUCUUACACUGGAGCACGAGGUUAAGGAUCAUUGUAUACACAUAUUUGAUUUCAUAUAGGUUGUUUUUUUAAUCCCAGUGAAGCUGAUCAGUUCAUUCUAGUCGAUGACUGUGUAUAAAUUAUUAUUACUCAAACUAAAACUGUAUGCUAUUGAAGAUACCUUUACCAUUCACAGUUACUAUUUCUUCAUUAUAUUGUAAGAAUUGUUUCACAUCAUAUUAGAUUAAACGGAUAUCUGUGAAUGGACAGGUAUUACCGCCCCACCUGUGAGUUAGUCCAGCUCUAAGGAAAUAGUCUAAGCAUGAGAAAAAUCUGACCUUGAAGUCAUGUGAGACUUUCUUCAUCUCUUUCAUGCACACAGUUACUUGAAAUGUUCUCAUUGUAGUUUUUCCUCUUGUUUAACCUUUGAUGAAUGAAUCCCCUCCACUCCCUCCUGCGCUUUUGUUUUAUUUUUUAUUUCCUUCGGUUAUUUCUUUUGUCUUGAUCACUCUCCAUAUCAGUCCCGGCUGGAGAAAAUGGCUGAGUUCCAGCAGAGAGGUGAAGACCUGGAGCAUAACUUGGCAGAAUGCAAGAUACUAUUGAAGGAAACCCAGGAACGGCUGAAAAAGCUGGAAGAAGACAGGCAGGAGGGAGAGGAGGAUGAGGAGAGAGAGGCUGAGCUGAAAAAAGUCCAGGCUGAGGUGAAAAAACUGAGGAAGGAUGAAAAGAUGUUUGAAAAAAUGAUGGAAGAAUACAGACGAGAGGAGAAGAAACUGCCCUGGAAUGUGGACACUCUGAGUAAAGAGGGUUUCAGCAAAGUAAGGCGCUGUCUUAUGUCCAGGCUGCUAGAGUUAAUUUCACUUAGAAGAACUCUAAUGAAACUUUUUUGUGUGUCCUAGAGUGUUCUCAACAUCAAACCGGACACAAAGGAGGAAACUGAGAAGGAAAAGGUGGAGAAGCACAAGACCUUUGUGGAGAAGUAUGCGAAGGAGAUCAAACACUUCGGUAUGCUUUAGUCUGGAUCGGUCUGUGUACGUUCGCUCUCUUUGUUGCUAAAUUCACCUCACUUUAAGUCACCCAUCGAGGUUACACUUUAAACACACAAAAACUAACAGACAGGCAUUUUUUUAACCUUUCGUAGAAAUGUGUAUUAAAUGUGCAUUUCAUGAUGGCUUCUUCAAAAUAGGUAUUGUCCUAACUUUUUAAUGUCAUGUGUUGCCUUCUAGUGCAGUCGUGCACAUUAUAGGUAUUUAUAAAGCCUGCUGUGGGUCUUGUGAAGCCAGGUCAAGCUGUGGGACUUUCUUUCUGUGUGUUCUCCUCAGUUUUUGGUCAGCAAACAUGCUGACACUGGAGGCUCGUAAAACCACGUCCUUCAUUUGACAGCUCGAUGCACCACAGCCACUUCCUGAUAUUAACAGUUUGAGUUUCAUGUGUGACUAACUAAAGCCCAAGAAGCCUGUGUUUAAAUUAAAACAUGUAUAUUUAUCAUUAUGUGAAGUUAUCUUGUUAUAAAGUGGCUUUCAGUGAGUAUUUUUGAACAGUUUUAAUAACCAUGGUUCAUUUUAGGGGCAGGUUUUUGCUUAUCCUUGUAUAGGUAUCACUUGUUGCAAGGGCUGAACGACACAAAAACUGUCCCAAUAUUUUUGGCUCAUUCCAGUCUCAAACAUUUAUUCAAAUUGAGAAUCAUCUACUGUAAGAAUUUGACCUAGUUUUGAUAAAAAUGACUGUCCAACACAGGAUUUUUCCUUGUGGUAGGUAGAGUAUUUUUAUGGCGCUAUCAUAAAAGUCUCAGGUUUUAACCCUUGUGUUUGUUUUUCAUGAUGCCAGUGAAGCUUCGGCGUUGCUCUCAAACUCGUCAACACAUGGAUCACCUGUUGUCGUGAUGGAUUUGUUAGUCAAAGUCGUAUUGUUAGAUGAUUAUUGUUAACAGAGCAGAUAUUUUACAGCCUGGUUACCUCAGUUUGUUUAAUAAAGGGUGUUUUCAUGUGUGAUACUUGAACAUCUCAGAUGUCUUCUUGUGUUUAAAACCCAACCCCUUCAGCUUAACUCUUCAUGUUGUCUCGCUCUCUAGGUAUGUUACAUCGCUGGGAUGACAGUCAGAAGUAUCUCUCCGACAACCCACAUUUGGUGUGUGAGGAGACCGCCAAUAGCCUUGUUGUCAUCUGUAUUGACUAUGAGAUAGACGAGGUGAGUGCAGCAAGAAAGAUUUUCUAUAACAUUCUGUGUAAACCAAAAGUAAAAAGCAAAUUCCUUUACGUGACGCCUCUAAAUUUCUUAUGAAUUUUCAGAAACACGCGCUAAUGGAGCAGGUGGCCCAUCAGGCUAUUGUCAUGCAGUUUAUCUUGGAUCUAGCUCGGGCGCUGAAGGUCGACCCAAGAGGCUGCUUCAGGGAUUUCUUCUCAAAGAUCAAGGUCUGUUGCAUUUCAACUGCAUCUGCGGCCAUGUUGUGUUUCUUAAGUUUCAACCACCAUCUCUGUUGUCCAUGCCAGACUGCAGACAAGCAGUACCUGGACAUGUUUGACCAUGAGCUGGAGCUGCUGAAGGAGCGCGUUCGCAGCUGUGCACAGAGUCGCAUGGAGGGCGCUAUGAAGGAGCUGGAGGAAGAGGAGAGGCAGAAGAGACUGGGCCCAGGUGGUUUGGACCCUGUAGAGGUUUAUGGGUCGCUGCCAAAGGUAAACCAUUUACACAAAUGUCGGUCAGCUGAUGUUGCCUCUGUGUAAAUGGAAAUAUAAUACAAACAUUUAAUCAUAAAUUAAAACAGGACAUGUUUGAAUCAGAAUUAGCUUCGACUUCACUGACUCCAGUAGAUUUGAAAUAUUACACACAGAUGUACAAGCUUAGACAUUUAACCUGCAAAGACAUUUCAGGCUGUAGUGUAAUAUUCAGUGUGUUAUACAGCAAGCGUCUAGAGUCUGAAACAACAGAAAAACCAACAAAGAUCCAGCGUCACAAAAAACAAACACCUCAGCACAGGUCCUGGAAUUGGCAGUGUUUGAUAGUCAGGUCUGGUAAAAGGUUUUGUUUGUUUCUUCCUCAGUGAUUAUAGGAUGUUAUCAGUGUUUUUAUCAGAAACAGUUAAAAGUGAAAGCAGAAACUUAAGCACUCACCUCGAUCAGACAUCCGAUCAUUUCACACAUAUUUAUCUGAUUGAAAGAAUCGACCUGUGUGUGAAGAGAGACAGAUCAACAUAUUCAGAGUAUUUAUAGUUAGUUUUUUUGUCUUUUAGAGACACACGGAAAAACAAGGCAAACAAUGAAAAAACAUCAUUUUUAUUCAUGUAAUUAAAACUGAAUAUUUACACUUCAACAGCAGUAUUUAACCCCGUCUCACUCUGCAGCUGAAGGACUCCUUUCUGUCUGCAUUAUUCGUAUUAACAGGAGACAUGCUGAAUGUUUAUUUUGUGUAUCUUUUACUGGUGUAUCGCCUUUUUUCCUGCCACUGUUUUCCAGACUCUUCCUUAGGAGGGAAAGUUUAAUACUGAGGCUUGUGAGGUAGACUGCAUUUUUUCCACAGAUUUCAAAACUGUUGAUAUUCGAGUAAAUAUUUGCGCGGCAUAUACAAACUGUGUUGCCAUUUGGAUUAUCAGAGGAGUCAAUACAGAGCUCAGCAGAACGGACUCCACCGUCAGGCGUGAGAUCGCUGAGGAUGGUAAACGGUAUCAUCUAUAGUUUUAUUUGAGCUUUGCUGUGAGCUUGUUCAAAGUUCAAAGACAUGAAAUACUUAGUAUCCGUCAAAGUUUAGUCCAGCCUUUUAAAAUAUCGUGUUAGGGGAAAAAUGAAUCAGAUUAAAGGACAGAAGUGCUUACAUUAGAACUACUAUUUCUGCUUUCUCAGAGUCACGUGAGCACUAACACGUGUUUUGUUUUAUAGAUGAUGCAGAGGAGCUUUGACGAGAAGAACAUUCAGAUGCUACAGGAAGCUAUGAGCAAGCUGGAUCCUCUGGUGAGUGUUUUUGUGAUCGAGUUUCACUCUCUAAAAAAAAAAGUUAUUUAUAGUAAAAAAAGAAAAACUUACAAAAGAGGAACAAAAAGAUUUUUAUUUCUGUGUACAGGAGGGAAGAUACCAUCUCCUGAGGUGCAUCGACUCUGGGCUGUGGGUCCCUGAAUCGGGAGAGACUGAUGAUGAAGAGGAUGAGGAGGAGGAAGAUCAGUCAGAGAAGGAAGGCGAUAAAUGAGCAGUAAAAAAAGACGUGGAUUAAGGUUGCAUGUGAUAUCAGAUAAACAAACUUCUGUUGAUGAAAUAGUGUUCAUUUGUACUUUUUUUAGUCAUUAUAUUUAUUGAUUUAUCAGGUGAAUUCAAAUAAUCAAUAGUCAUCUAUUGGCAGUGUAAAGAAAAAAAAUCAUUGUAAUAGGUUCAUUUUAUUUGAAGAUACACCAGUCAACAAAAUAUAGCUCAUGAUCACUCUAAAAAACUUUUUUAAUAUUUACAUUUAACCUGUUAAAUGUCAUCAGGUCAUGUGAUACACGUCAGUAUUAAAAUACAGACACAUAUCGGUGUGAUGUUGUUUCAGAGAUCAGAGGGAGGAGACAUUUGAAUUAUAAUUUAAAGAUUCCUAUAAAGAAAAUUGAACCAUCGCAUUAGAGUUUGAGAUAUUUCCACGACAUACAGCCUGCCUGCACCUGUUGUUCCUCUGGCCAACAGCGCCCUCUUUAGUAUAUUUGGGGACAGACAGCCCAUACAUUUUUCAAAAACUCCACCAGUCCAUCCACUUAGCAUUUGGUGAAAUUGAAGAAUUACAGAUUGACUGACUGAUACUCACCACCAGCUGAGAUUAGUCAGUAUCCCCAAACAAAGUGUGUCAAUAAUACACUGAAGCUGAAUCCAAAUGUCCAGACUUCACAGCAGACUUGCAAACUUUGCGAGCAUGUUCCCGGGAAAAGUGUGAGCGCUGGAAACCAAUAAUCCGUUUAGUCAACAAGUGGUCUGAGGCGGCGCUUCAGAGCGUCUGGAGCUUCAGUUCUUUACAGACAGGCUGUUACUUUUUUUCUAUAACUUAAAAAAAGACCAAAACUUUAAAAAAUGAAGAAUCUUUAUUUAGGAAAGCUGUCUGUGGAGUUUUUUAAAAUAAAAGGGAUAGUUCACCUUUUUAUAAGCAGGGUCGCACCAUAGUUCAUAAAGGCGUCUUGUCUCAAACUCAGACUGCAGCAUCAUCUCUGUCUGGUUGAUAGCCUAGCCUCUGUUCUUUUUCUCACUCUUAAGCAUUAGCAGGCACCCCAUACAACAGGCUCACUUCAAAAAAAGUUGGAAUACCCCUUUAAAAUUUCUGUUAUUAUUAAUUGAAUACCCAACCAUCAGACUCCAAAACUGGAAUAAAUUUCGGUCAAAGUAAACUCUUUUCUUGCAGCUCUGUAAUCACACGAUUUAAACAACAAAAUAAAUAUAAUUAUAAUAUUUAUAUCACACAUGUUAGUGUUAGGAGACUGUUGGUUACAUUAUCAGAGGGUUUACAAUAAAUAAAUCAUAAUUUCUGUUUUUCUCCAUCAGUUUUCAUGAAUCCUGACUGGUUUUCUGCCACACUCCUCACUCAAUCUCUCCCACACGUUAAUUAAUUGCUGGAUUGCUCCCCCUUUCUCCCCCUCUCUCUUUUAUAAUUAAUCGGUGGGUUUGAUUUAGUGGUCUGUGCAGGAUUUUUUGAGGCAAAGCUUCUUUGUGCAGUCAUGUUGUAAAUAGAAAACAAUCAACGCAGGCCUGGGGCAUAAAUCAAAUCUAGAUAAUGCGCAUAAAAUCCGAUGGGAGAGAAACAGGGAGGCCUCACAGCUUCGUGCAGACCUGCCCUUAGAUGUGUUUAUUUGUAUAUGUAAAGCAUUUUGAGUGGUCAUUUCUUUAUUUAUGAAUGAUUUACAAAUAUUUAAAGAUCAUUGAACCUGCUUCAGUCAGCACAGGUGUUUAGUUUUUAUCGUGCACUAUUUUUUAGCUCCUCUGUCACAGUGUUUGUCCUGUAGAGCUGGAUAUAGAACAAGUUCAGUUACACAAGUAAUAAAUGUUGUUGCUUAUUAAGCAACCGAA